AUGAAAGCUUCAGCAGCUCUCAGAAGCCUCCGCCUCAGGCAGGCGAGGCUGACACUCGGCAGACAAACCAUUCGUCCAUUCUCCUCGUCGCCUCUUUGCCACGCAGGCCCCUCCAGCUCGUCAGAAACCGAAGGUCUCAAUAGAGUCUCGCGCCAUGUCACACAGCCUAAAUCCCAGGGCGCCUCACAGGCGAUGCUGUAUGCGACCGGCAUGACUGAAGCCGACAUGAACAAAGCUGAAGUGGGAAUUUCAUCCGUCUGGUACAGCGGGAACCCGUGCAACAUGCAUUUGCUGGAUCUGUCCAACGUGGUGAAAAAGGGCGUCACGGAUGCUGGACUACAGCCUAUGCAGUUCAAUACGAUUGGCGUGUCGGACGGAAUAUCAAUGGGUACAACAGGCAUGCGCUACAGUCUGCAAUCACGAGAGAUCAUUGCCGAUUCGAUAGAAACGGUCAUGCAAGGUCAGUGGUACGAUGCAAACAUCUCCAUUCCUGGGUGCGACAAGAACAUGCCCGGUGUGGUCAUGGCCAUGGGCAGAGUGAAUCGACCGUCGAUAAUGGUGUAUGGCGGCUCCAUAGCCCCCGGGUGUGCGAGGACGCAGAAUAACGCGGAUAUUGACAUCGUCUCGGCAUUUCAGGCCUACGGCCAAUUCAUCGCGGGUGAAAUCAAUGAGGAACAGCGUUUCGACAUCAUCCGCCACGCCAUUCCGGCCUGUGGAGCCUGUGGUGGUAUGUACACCGCCAACACUAUGGCCUCGGCCAUUGAGACCUUGGGUAUGACACUGCCCGGCAGUGCAUCCAACCCGGCCGUCUCCAAGGAGAAACAACUCGAGUGUCUAGCAGCCGGAGGCGCCAUCAAGAAUCUGCUCAAACUCGACCUAAAGCCACGCGACAUCAUGACCCGCCAGGCCUUUGAAGAUGCCAUGGUUGUGGUCAUGAUCACCGGUGGUUCAACCAACGCGGUGCUGCAUCUCAUUGCCAUGGCUGAUGCGGUAGGCAUCAAGCUCACCAUCGACGACUUCCAGGCGGUCAGUGACAGGACUCCAUUCCUUGCGGAUCUCAAGCCGAGUGGGAAAUAUGUUUUCAACGACCUCCACGCCAUCGGUGGCAUUCCUACCCUGUUAAAAUUCCUGAUCAAAGAAGGAGUGGUCAAGGGAACGCACACGACCGUGACGGGCCAAACGCUGGCCAAGAACGUCGAAUCCGCAGCAGAUUUCCCGUCGGACCAAGUUAUCAUCAAGCCGUUUUCUCAUCCGAUCAAGAAGACCGGACAUAUCCAGAUCCUGCGGGGGAGUCUCGCGCCAGGCGGCUCCGUGGGCAAAAUCACGGGCAAAGAAGGCUUACGCUUUCAGGGCAAAGCCAAGGUCUACGAUGCGGAGGAUUUGUUCAUCCAGGCUCUCGAACGAGGUGAGAUCAAAAAAGGUGAGAAGACCGUGGUGGUCAUUCGCUACGAGGGGCCAAAGGGCGGACCGGGCAUGCCUGAAAUGUUGAAACCCAGCUCGGCGAUCAUGGGUGCCGGAUUAGGCAAAGACGUCGCCCUUAUCACAGACGGACGGUUCAGCGGUGGAUCGCACGGGUUUUUGAUUGGCCAUAUCGUCCCCGAGGCCAUGGAAGGGGGUCCGAUCGGCUUGGUGCGAGACGGAGACGAGAUUGUGAUUGAUGCCGAGAGCAGGACGCUGGAUCUGAUGGUGGACGAAGCAACGUUGCAAAAGAGACGGGAGGAAUGGAAUGCAAACAAGCCAGAGCCUCGGUAUAGGAGAGGCGUUUUGGCAAAAUAUGCCAAACUCGUGAGUGACGCCAGCCUCGGGUGUAUCACGGACAGGGAGGUGCUGGAUGUACAUGCCUGA